GUUGUUUCGUCGGCGCCAAGGCAAGCUAGGUAUUAAUGGCUGGUCCUCCUCUGUUGGCAAAGCCGAAGCCAAGGUUCUCUUUUUUCCCUUGGCGCUAGCAGCGGAGGUGUUUUAGAAGAAGCGUAGGCUGCAGCUUGCCGAUGGUGAGGUCAUGGCUGCCGUUCCUGGAGGACCUGUUGCUUCUGUUUCUGCUCGUGCGAUUUUGAAUGAUGUAGUCAAGGCUCUGGAGGGUUCAGUGCCUUUCUUUUCGUUCAAUGUUGCUGACGGGCUCUAUGUGGCCACUGGUUUUGUGAUUGUUCCACUACCAGAUGAGAUGGAUGAUGUCACUCUUCUUGAGGCAACAGGGCACCCAUCUCCAACGAAAGAGGGAGCAGAAGAGGCUGCAGCAAGCACAAUGAUUUGGGCAGCAAAACACGAUUUCGGUGUUGUUGUUGCUGAUUUCAACUUUACUGAGGGACAACGUCUCCAAAAGGAGAAUGAAAAUUUACGCAAGAACAAUGUGUUUCUUAGUUCUGGAUGGAUUCAGCCGCUCGGGCAUUUGGAAAUUCUUGAGAAGACGUUGGAAGCCAUCACUCUUGACGCUGUUGAUGUUUGUCCGAGAUAUUCAGUUGGUUCGCUUGCUGAAGCUGCCACUGUUGCGGUUCAGGAGUUGUCCAGUGAGCCUAUGGAUGAGAGCUGAGUCUGUGGACCUGUUUCUUUGGCAAAAUGAAAGCUGCAACAAUAUUUUGGAUGUGUGGAGCUCUGUAGUAGAGUUUAGUUACUGGAGAAUGUAAUUCUUGAUGUACUGUUAUGUAACACUAUAUGUAUGUGUAGGCGUGUGCUUGGCUGCACUAA